AAAUAAUUGUUAAAAAUGUCGUCCAGCUUGACGUCAAAUGAAUUGGAAGCCAACCCGGCUCCCGAUCCCCAGGCGCCCAUCACACGCAAGGGAUUUCUUAUAUCGCUGAAGAACAGUGGAACCCCCAUGCCGAUCCCAGAGCAGAAUUUGUAUGGACGCUGCCGACCCGUCGCCGAGUUCGAGAAGCUAAACCGCGUGGGUGAAGGCAGCUAUGGCAUUGUUUAUCGAGCUCGUGACACUCGGAACAACGAAGUUGUGGCCCUGAAGAAGGUGCGCAUGGACCAGGAGAAGGAUGGCCUCCCGGUGAGCGGAUUGCGUGAAAUAAUGAUACUAAAGCAACUCAAGCACGAAAAUAUCGUCCGCCUGCGGGAAGUUGUCGUGGGCAAGAGCUUAGACAGCAUAUUCCUUGUCAUGGAUUUCUGUGAGCAAGACCUAGCCUCCGUACUGGACAACAUGGCCCAACCGUUCACCGAGUCUGAGGUCAAGUGUAUUACGUUGCAGGUACUGCGAGCCCUUAAAUAUAUUCACGAUCGGUAUAUAAUCCAUCGCGAUUUAAAAGUUUCAAACCUGCUGAUGACGGACGAUGGGUGCAUCAAGUUAGCUGACUUUGGCCUGGCACGCAUGUAUAGCAAUCCCCCCAAACCAAUGACACCGCAAAUGGUGACCCUGUGGUAUCGCGCCCCGGAGCUACUACUCGGAUGCAAAACACAUACCACAGCCGUGGACAUGUGGUCGUUUGGCUGCAUACUUGGCGAGUUACUACUGGGAAAACCAAUGCUGCCUGGAAGCUCAGAGAUAGCCCAGCUGGAUAUGAUAAUUGAUCUGCUUGGAGCGCCAUCAGAGUCCAUCUGGCCAGGUUUUUCAGAGCUACCGGCCGUGCAAAACUUCACAUUGAGCCAGCAGCCGUACAACAAUCUAAAAACCAAAUUCAGUGCAAUCGCACAGGCGGGCAGAAAUCUCCUCAACAUAUUGUUCAUCUACAACCCCAAUACUCGAGCCACAGCCGAAGAGUGUUUGAACAGCAAGUACUUCAUUGAUCCGCCACAGGCCUGUGACCCACGCAUGAUGCCCACAUUUCCACAACACCGAAACAAUACAGCCCCGCAGCAGGCCCAGACGUCGGCAGACAUUCCCAUUUCUGAUUUGUUAAAUGUAUUCAUAAAGAGACAGCGCAUGGAUUAAAACGUAAACGAAUUUA